UGAUGACCUCAUCUGGGAGGACUCCUCACGUUCAGACGCCUUCAAUAGAUUAGCGCAUUUCCAGGAUCUACAUACUGUUCGCGGCUGCCGGCAAUGGAGAGCCCCAUAUUCAGAACUAACAGUUAAUCUCAGUCCAUCAUCAGUGGCCAAAAGAAAUCAAAGUGGCUUGACAUAUUUUGCAAUCCUUCUGCCAAGACCAUGCUUGUGCAUAUAUACGUUGACAAUAAGGACCAAAAUGAUGACCUACUUUCACAUCACUUCAUUUCUGGACAGAACAACCACACAAACUCACAGUGACACAAUCAAGUUUAUUAUGGAUGUCCUUUUUCCAGAGUCCAUCAUCUGUUCCCUUGCUGGUUUGGAAAAUCUCACCAUGCUGGAGGCUGAGGAGGAAUUUCUACAAGGGCCUGUCAUUGACGAAAGUGAGCGGGAGCAGUUUGACAGGAGGAUUAAGAACAUUUUGAAGAAGAGUGGCAACCCGUAGGAGUCAUUAUCGAGAGCCAUCCUAUAAUGAUCAUCAAUCCUGUUUUUGAUAAUGGUCUUAAUAAAUAAUGUUGUUCACAAGAAACUUGUCACUUUUUUCU